CUGUCCUUCUAUUCUCUCUCUCUCUCUCUGUCCCACACACACAUACUAAGACACACACAGACUAACACACACACACACACACACACACACUUUAACCGUGCCCCUCUAUCUAAUGUGUGACGUCCUAAAGUUUCGAUUUGUUCAGCCUUGCUCUGACAAGGACACUGGAAUGUACAACAAUCACAUGAAGGACACAAACAACAACUACAGCAAGUCUCUCCUUGAUGACCAGAAGGAGAAGUUGAUCCAGGCCAUCAGGAAGAUUAAACAUGAAAUCGAUGAGUGCUAUGAAGCUGAGAAAGACACCUACGUGGAGGCGAUGGAUGUGGAGAGUCAGUUUGAGGACAUGGAGCGGGAAAUCCAGGCAGAGUUCCAGAAUCUUCAUCGUUUCCUGGACGAGGAGGAGGAGAGAGACCUGGAGCGACUGAAGAAGGAGAGGGACAGACGAGUGAAGCUGCUGAAGGAGAGAGAGAGGAAGAUUGCUAUGCAGGGCCGCGACCUGGAGAGAGCCAUCGAUACGCUCAACUGCAAACUGAAGGAGGAGGACAGCCCCAAACUUCUGAAGGAAAUUAAAGAUCUGCUAAAGAGGUGUGAGGUGAAUUUUAUCCGCCCGGCUCCAGUGAACAGUGAGGUUUUCUCAGGCCAGUUUGUGGGACCCAUUCAGUACAGGAUCUGGAAACAUAUGAAGGCUUCUCUCUACCCAAACAUAUCUAUGGUGACCUUCGACCCCGAGACUGCGCACCCACUGCUCACGCUCUCCGACAACGACACGACGGUGCUCUUCGAGGAGGAGAAGGAGGUGGUCGAGGAGGAGGAGAGGAACCCCAAGCGCUUCCACUACUACUACUGCGUGAUGGGCCGCGAGGGCUUCAGUCACGGGCGCCAUUACUGGGAGGUGGAGAUAAGAGGGAAGACGGCGUGGAGAGUGGGCGUGGCCAGAGAGGACGUGCCCCGGGGCGAGAUGGACUCGUCCUCGACGGCGAACGGCUUCUGGACGCUGUCUCUGAAGAACGGCUCCAUCCUGGCCUGCACCCACCCCAAGCCCACGCUGGUGCGCUCCGCCACCCUGCCCACCCGCAUCGGGGUCUUCCUGGACUGUGAGAGGGAGGAGGUGUCCUUCUACAAUGCCGGCACCAUGUCGGCGCUCUUCUCCUUCGCCAUGGACUCGCUGGAUGGGCCCGUCUUUCCUUUUUACAACCCCUGCGACUCGGACGAUGGAGAGAACGCCAACCCUCUCUCCAUCUUCUAUCCCUCGCUUUGAAUCUGAAAGGAAUAGCUUAACCAGAAGUGCUUAACUUCCUGUACGAUGAAUAGAAACCAUGGGCUAUCAAUUAGAAGUCAAAGUAAUCCAAAUCAAAGUGAACUGUCAAAAGUUGUCACCAGCUACAUACAACUCUGGAAAAAAUGAAUAGACCCCUACAGUUUCUCCCAAAUUCCAAAUAAAAAUAUUGUCAUUUAGAGCAUUAAUUUGCAGAAAAUGAGAAAUGACUGAAAUAACAAAAAAGAUGCAGAACUUUCAGACCUCAAAUAAUGCAAAGAAAACAAGUUCAUAUUCAUAAAGUUUUAAGAGUUCAGAAAUAAUCAAUAUUUGGUGGAAUAAUCCUGGCUGGUUUUUAAUCACAGUUUUUUUCAUGCAUCUUGGCAUCAUGUUCUCCUCCACCAGUCUUACACACUGCUUUUGGAUAACUUUAUGCUGCUUUACUCCUGGUGCAAAAAUUCAAGCAGUUCAGUUUGGUGGUUUGAUGGUUUGUGAUCAUCCAUCUUCCUCUUGAUUAUAUUCCAGAGCUUUUUAAUUUGGUAAAAUCAAAGAAAAUCAUAAUUUUUAAAGAGGUCUCAUAUUUUUUUUGUCAGUGGUCACUUUGCAUAAUGCUGAUUGGUAGCCCGUCGUCUUUAUUCAUUGUCUGCUUUAGCUUUCUGGCUGAACUAUUCCUUUUCUAUAUAAACUCUGGGCAGGUUUGGUCUGUUACAUUGAUUACUGAAUGAUAUAUUUUGUUAUUAUAGACAAUAAUACAAUAAUAUACAGCUUUGGCUAUUUUAAAUAGUCUAUAAAUAGUCUAUAUUCCACUACUGUUUAACCGAGUUCAUCCACUUACUGUCACGAAUUCAGUGUAUAUUGUUAUUGUUCUUAUAUAAACUUUAGAAACGUUUGAAAUUCUAUUCGAUUUAAUUGUGAAUUUAAAUCAAAUGAUGUCAAAGGAUAUUAAAUUGAAUGUUUCCUAGAAAUAACACUGUUGUUUAAUUAAAUUGUUAUGAGAAUACUGACUGUAAUGAGGUUAGAUUUCAAGCUUGAAAAGCUCAAAACUUGAAUAUAGCUCCUGCUAUGCUCACGUUCAUGGAUCAAAUGGGUUUCAUGUGUUUUAUGGCGUGUGUUUAUUUUAUUGUGAGAUGUUUUUGGUAAUGACUUUAAUAAAGCACUUCAAUAUUUA